UCCUAGGGGCGGAACCGAAGGGAAAAGAAAGAAGGAUGGAACUCAGACUGUAUUUGAUACAGUGGUGACAAGUAAGUUUGUGUCGGCGACAGCUCCGGUUCAAGAUACUUAGGUUGCGUAUUAUACUCCUCUGUUACAAUGGAUAUGAGAAUGAUCCGUGAGAAGCUGGCUGAAGCUGGGCAGGACCACCUCUUGCAGUUCUGGGGUGAGCUGAGUGAGGCAGAACAGGCUGAAUUGUACCUCCAGCUGCAAAGUAUGGAUUUCCAGGAGUUGAGCAGUUUCUUCCAGAAUGCUAUGAAGGUGUCUGGCCACAUCAAGGAGGAGAAGAUCGAUGAAAAGAUGGAGCCAGUGCCCAGGGAGGCUUUGGGCAGCGUCACACGCGACCAAGACAUGUUGAAGGGGUGGGAGGAAGAAGGGCUCCUCCACAUUUCCCAGAACAAAGUCGCUGUUCUUCUUCUUGCUGGUGGUCAAGGCACAAGGCUCGGAGUCUCUUAUCCCAAAGGAAUCUAUGAUGUUGGUUUGCCGUCACACAAAACCCUCUUUCAGAUCCAGGCUGAGCGCAUUUUAAAACUGGAGCGGUUAGCUGAAGAAAGGCAUAAUGUGAAAAGCACAAUUCCAUGGUAUAUUAUGACCAGUGGUCGGACUAUGGAAGCAAGCAAAGAAUUUUUUGCCCAGCAUAAUUACUUUGGCCUGAAGAAAGAAAAUGUGGUCUUCUUCCAACAAGGCAUGUUGCCAGCCAUGGACUUCAAUGGGAAACUGAUUCUGGAGGAAAAAGGCAAACUCUCCAUGGCUCCAGAUGGCAAUGGCGGUCUUUACAGAGCACUGGGCGCACAGAAGAUAGUUGACAACAUGGAAGGCAGAGGGAUCAAGUAUAUUCACGUGUACUGUGUGGAUAACAUCUUGGUGAAGGUGGCUGACCCCACCUUCAUUGGAUUCUGUGUGAAGAAAGGGGGAGACUGUGGAGCCAAGGUAGUGGAGAAGACAAACCCCACAGAGCCUGUAGGAGUUGUUUGCAAGGUGGACGGAAAGUAUCAAGUUGUGGAGUAUAGUGAAAUCAGCCUGGCGACUGCAGAAAAACGCAGCUCGGACGGCCGGCUGAUGUUCAGUGCUGGAAACAUUGCCAACCACUUCUUUACACUGUCAUUCCUUAAAGACAUUGUCCAAAUUCACGAGCCUCGGUUACAGCACCAUGUGGCACAGAAGAAAAUUCAGCAUGUGGACUCGCAAGGACAGCUAAUCAAACCAGACAAACCAAAUGGGAUUAAAAUGGAGAAAUUUGUCUUUGACAUCUUUCAGUUUGCCAAGACCUUUGUGGUGUACGAAGUGUUGAGGGAAGACGAGUUCUCGCCCCUGAAGAACGCAGACAGUCAGGACGGGAAGGACAAUCCCACCACAGCUCGUCACGCACUGAUGUCUCUACACCACCGCUGGGUGCUCUCAGCAGGAGGGCACUUUAUAGAUGAAAAUGGUACCAAGAUCCCAGCUAUCCCAAGAAAUGGAACUUCAGGGACAGUCACACCUGACCUCAGUCAGAACCUAAAAGAUGUGACAGAUCUGCCAAUCAAAUGUGAAAUCUCACCACUGGUUUCCUAUGCAGGAGAGGGACUGGAAAAAAUGGUGUCAGGCCAAGUCUUCCACUCGCCUUUGGUCAUUGAUGAGACAGGCAUCCAUCAACUGGUGAAGAAUGGUCUAUAAAAACAUAGAAUGGGCACAGAGGACCAAAAGAGCACAAGACUUACUCAUAUCUGUGCCUUCUCUGUGUCAAACUGAGACGAUACUGUGCAAUAAAUUAAUGAAGGAAGAAGACUUUCCAAUCAAAGCAGAAGGCACAGUUUGAAGUUUGUGCUUUCUUAAAACUAUUUUUUUAUUGGUGUAACAUAGGUUGAAUAGCUGCUCAUGGGAGUUUUUAAUUUGUCCUAUUUAUAUGGUCUAUUAGAAACUCUUUUCUUGGUACUUUACUUUUAUUUGGAUUCAUUUUAAUUGUUUAAAUAUGUUUAAGGGCUUUUAAGGUACCUGCUGACUCUACCCACGCUUUGCUAUCUUUUGUGUUUUUUUCUGCUACUGUUUUUACUUUUUAAAAAUGUUUCUCUCUCUC